GCCCUCAGUGGGCAGCAAGUAGUAGGCAGAGUGCACAGGUGGCUGGCUAAGUGUGUGUGUCGCAUGGCCAUCCUCCUGCACCUAUCACACAGAGAGAGUAGUGGUGUGUAUGUCCUUAGAAAAAGUCAUCGCACGAGUCAGUCAGUCAGUCAUGGAAUCAACCGCCCACCGCCCACCGCCCACUGAGCCGUCUAUCUCUCCACGAACAAGACCGCCGCACGAACACACACGAGCCAUCCAGCCCCCAACACACUGACGCAACACGCAGCCCUCCAGCCAUCCGCCCGCACCUCCCCGCCGGCCAUGGCAGCUUAUGCAGGGCCCUUGGGGUACUCCACACCCGCCCAACGCUCCACCAGCAACUCUAGCAGGUCCACCGCCCUCUUGGCCCUCUCCCUCGUCCGCCUCCCGACCUCCACCGCCAUCACCAACUCGGCCACGAUUAUGGCGGCCGCCUGGGUGAGGGAGAGCGGCGGCCUCUCCUCCCGCAUCUCCAGCAGUGUCUUGACGACGGCCUCGUUGUCGUGUGGGGCGGCGGCGGGGAAGGCGCGCUGGCGCCUCUCCUGGUCGAUGCCGUACCAGGCAUUGAUGCCGUCGCGGAUGACCGCCAGCCUCUCGCUGAGGAGGCGCUCCUCCCGGACGGUGCCCUUGGAGGAAAUGCCGUUGAGGAUGCUGUCCUCAUGAUCGCUCCUCUCGGUGGCCCAGACGGCCCGCCGCUGCCACGCCCGCCUCUUCACCGGAUUGCUGUCCGGCUUCUUGGCCACCUCCUCGUCCACCGUGUCCCGCCACUGGCGCAUGGCUGUGGCCCUGAAGGCGACCUCCGGCACCCCGUCCUUGACGUCGUUCGGCAGGACCUCAUGGCAGGCCAGCAUGGCCAGUGCCGUGCCCGCCACAGUCCACAGGUCAUCUGCCGGCUGCCAGCCCGGGUAGGCCCAGUAUUUGUGGGCCCACUCGCCCACGGCUGUCGGGCUGCUGGGGACGCCGGUGGACGUGCGAGAGGGGUCGAUGAAGGCGGGCGGCUCCUGGCUGAGCUGGUUGAUGAUGGCCGUCUCGUAUGCCACCGCCUUCGUCUUGCCCUCGAACGUCACCAGGCUCCCUUUCUCGUGGCCGGCAGCGUCGAUGAGUGUGGCCACGGGCACCACCAUCUCGCGACGGCCGCCGCCCACCGACGCGCUGACCUUGACAAACCCGACGAGGAUGUUGUCAUAGGUCGCGUCGGUGGCGACGUACGUCGAGCUGAGCGGCAGCGUCUCGGCCAUGCUGACAGCGCUGGCAGUGGGGGACAUCGUGGCGCGGGCCUUGGCCACCUCAAACACACUAACCUGAACAACACACACACAAACACACAUACAUACACACAAUUCACCCAUCCAUCCGUCAGUCCCCCCAUCUGUCUGUCAUUCUGUCUGUCUGUCUGUUUCGUGUCUCACCUUAUGCAUAGCCAUCGUUUUCAUGAGGAGGUCGAUGACGCAAAACACGGCGCCCACCUGUCACUCCUCCUCACUCACACCCAGCUGCUGCACCAUCGUCUCCCUGAUGCGCCGGCCGUUGGCCAUCGGUAUCCCGGCAGUCUCUCUGGCGGCACUCGCGCCAGCUCCCAGCCGGUCGAGGACAGAUGCCUCGCCCGGCGGGAAGCGCAGGACGCGCAGCGCCAAGAAGCUGCCGUAUGGACGCAGACGGCCGUCGGUGGCGUUGUGAAGGUCGCGCACCACCACCACUUCCUCCUCCUCCCGCUGCACCUGCUGCUGUGGCAGCUCCUCCUCGCCGUCUCCACUGCAGAUGAACAGGGAGUACGCCGGGCCCCCCAGCGUCAACAGCCCCUGGGCGCGCCGGUACUCGCCCCUGAAGGCCUCCAUGAUGGCCGGCUGGAUGAAGGGGGGCACGACGCCCUUCUGUUGGGCCAGGGUGGCGGUGUCGGCAGGCGUGUCUGCGGGGGGGCUGCUCGCCUUGAGG